GCUCCUUCCCAAUUCCCGAGUCUGGCUCGGAAAGCGCGCCACUGGCGUCUUGCCACGCGAGUGCCCCUGGACAGCCACACGCCCACUGGAACUGCACGUGAACAAAGCUUUUGCCGGGAGAGCCGCGGCCUGUGGUUUCUCAGCGCAAUCUAGCUUCCAUCCAGAGUGUCGGGUGAACACAGGGUUAAGCUAGUUCCCUUCUCGGUAGGAGGGAAAGGAGGGGGAGGGGGAACGAAGCGUUCUGUCUUGCCGGGUACCUUGCAGUUAGUUGUACAUUGGAAAGCGGUCGCCAUCACUUGUGAGUUUGGCGUCAUCCAUUGUCACCACCGAGGAAUGUGCGCUGGGAGAUAACACCAAGUGCAGGGCCUCUGAGACACGCAGGGCUCCUCUCUGCUUCCAGGUGCGCUCGGUUUCUGGUCCUCCGUCCCGAGUUUCCAGCAGCUGGAGGAAGCACCUCAGAACCGGUCACGGCGGCGCCCACUGAGCCUCAGGACCAGGGUGGCAGUUCUCAACGAUGGGCAGGAGGGACCUCGGCGGCGACCCCUAAAGCAAUAACAUGCCCGGGGAGUCCCUCUGCUGCCAUGCCAGCUUCUUCCCUUUCCACCUCCCCGACCCAGUCGGAUUCGGAUGAGCUAAGGAGACAAGGCCACCAGGGAGUUUUGUGACUGAGUUGUGGGGAUAAAAAAAAACAACGCUCCUUUGCUGCCUGCCAGAAACAUCGAUCCUAAACGGAGUUUUCUGAAUCCCCCAUGCUUUUAGAACUCCAGCCUCUCAUUUCCCCUAGAAUGAAUCUCUUAAGUACGGUAAGUAGCAAUCUCCCCUACCCAUCUGUGUUGAAUGGCAGAAGUGUUAUUAUUAUCAAGCGUCGGUAUUUGAAACCCCUACCCGCCCUGUGCCCCAAAUCCGGGUUCAAUUAGUCACUAAAACUGAGGAUGCUAGUUCGUUUUCUUUCCAAUCGAGUGCGGUUUUUCAAAACCAAGGACCCUGCCUCCUCUGCUCCUGCACCAGGAACUGGUAGUGUUAGGGCUGGUGUAAUUGCGCUUUCCUGACUCAACCGGCGGGGGAUGGAGAAGUCCCCCAGAGCUCCCAAAGCUGAACUAGGAUCACUUUCCCUGCGCGGCAUGCCUGGGACGUGGAGAAAGGUCCUUCUACGCCGCCAGGAGCGGAAUGCAAGGCCAAGCAGAUGCCCAGAGUAGUAAGGCGAAGAACCUAUCCAGCUGCUCUCGGGUCCCCUCCAGGCUAGGGACCUCCUGGAAAGGUUCCUCAGCUAAGCUGACCAGUCCAGGGCUCUUCCAGGAGCUUUCAGCGCCAGCGCGAAUCACUUCUGUUUUGUGAUUUCCCCUCCACGAUGAUCAAGGGUCUGAGCUAGCUAAGGUCUCUGCACCAAUCAGGGGAAGGAAGAUUUAGGAAAAGAGCCUGUCUGUCUAGGGAGGACUGGUCCCACACUUGCUGUUUGGAUAAGUCAUUUUGCCUGUCAGGGCGCUCAGGAAGGGACAGUGGCUGCCGAAGGCUACCGCCAUCGCUGCUGUCAUCUUGGCGCUUCUCUUCAUAAGCUCCCAAGAUGACUCUCACUGUCUCUUUUCCUCAGAUUAGAGGCUCCAUUCACGCCCCAUUCUCUCCUGGAUAUCUGUCAGUUAACACUUCAAGUUUGGAGAAAAGACAGGCCACGCAUACGUGUUUUCUAGUCGCCUUUGCAUAUCUAAAGGACGGGGAAGAGUGGCAAAGCUCUCUUGAACCCCCGUGGUGUGUGCCAACGUGUGUGAACGCGUGUGUCGCGGUGCGUUUGGGUGUAUCCUUGUGUGGCUUGGGAGACAAAUCGGGCGUUUCUCCAAGUCGUCUUACCAGGAUUUAAGCGCUCAAGUCCAUGAAGGUAGCAGACACAACAGCGAUGCAAGGAAAUAAAAACAAUCGGGGAAGUGGUGCCAAGUGACUCAGACUUUGAACUGAGGACAAGGAGUGCGGUCGCGCCUGGGGUUCGUCCGGAAAUCAUCUCCAGCGGGUUACAGGCAACGCCCUUGCCAAAGUCGUCAGUCCAGAAUGCUGAGAAGAUCCCUAGGGAGUUGGUUCAGGGCGAGCUUUCAACUUGCAAAUUGCUUUUCCCGGGGCUCUACCCACAGUGCGCCUCAUUGCAGCCUAAUGCUCGGUGCGGGCUUGUUCUCCCCCUUCUGUUAGUAUGCCGACGGUCUCCAGACUAGUUAAAACACAUCGCAACUUGCUGGAGACUUAUGGGCAGCAAUGAAUGGAGGAACAAACCAGGUCACCACCCCCUUGCCAAAAAGAGAGGAAAAAAAUAAAAAUAAAAUGGAAGAGACAGGUCUCAGAUUUCUUAGAUUACUCUUUAACCUUUGCAAAGAGAAUCCCAAGUGGGAAAGGUGUGCCGAUUGGACGUUUUAACUAUGCAGCCUGUUUUCAUAGUCAUUGCUGCGGACGUUGUCGGUUGUCCAUUAUAAUUUCUAGAGACAACUCAUCUACUGAACAUCACUCUUUCCAGGAGCAGCUAGGGUGACAGGGGAAAGCGGAUGUGUUUAAAUAGGAUGCCAAACUCUAAUUCCUCCAAUUAAAGUUUAUGGAAGAAAGCUUGAUGAGCAGACCUUUGAUGCGCUGGAGGUGCCGCACACCCCCAAUGUUGCCUCUGAGUAAAAUAACGCCAUUUUGGUUGAGAGACUUGCUAUAUUUUUACCCUCUAAUGUUACGUUUCGAUCAUUUCUAAGUAAUAGCUCCUCUGGCGUGGAUGUAUAUCAGGCGAACUACAGGGAAAGCGUCCUUCACCAUUCAGAGAAGCUGAGGGUAGGGAGGACGCCUGAAGCUUACAGAGAGGGAGAAGCAUGGUUCUGGGUCAAGUUGGCAUUCCUGGGUUAGCCGGGAGCACAUAACUCUCUCCAGGGAGGACAGGGUUAAAAGCCCCAUCUGACUUUGCCUCUUGGAAAGCUUAGGGUUGCUGCGGCUCCUCCCAAGCAUUCUUUAAAUCAGAGAAGUGGGAGGGACUCGGCUUGGGAGGGAGGAGAAGAGGGAGGCCAAGAAAGAGGGCUCGAAGAGGGGAGCGCGCCAGAGCUCCAGGGGCCGAGGGAGAGGAGGGGCGCUCAAGCUGCAAAGCCGAUCCCGCGAAUUCAUUACAGUAAACAUCUCCCGGGGGUGUCAGGAGGGGUGGGGGUGGGGACCUCGGAGUCUACAUUAGCGGACCGGGUCCGAUCAAGGCAGCAGUGUGGCUGGAGCUGCCUCCAGACCCGCGCCCCGCAGACGCUGCACUUGGAGUGAGCUCCGCGCCCGCCCCCGCGCAGCCCGAGCUGCACGCCCUGCUGCGCGUGGUCCGCACAUUCGCUGCGACCGAGCGCCCGCCCAGUUCUCCCGCCGACUCGCGCGGUCCUCCGGCUCCCAGCAGUCCCGGACCCGGCCAGGACGCGCUCCACCGCCCUCCUAGAUCGCCCUACUUUUUUUCGGGGUUCGAGGCGGAGAGGGGGAGACGGAAGAGGAGAGGAGACCAGAGCUGCGGCGGCCCCGAGCCUAGAUAAAGUGGCAUGCCCGACCCCUGGAGGCGGAGGUGGCAGAGGACCGGGGAAGACGAUGCCGCGGCUCCGUAGGGGACGUAGGCGACAGCGAGCAAGGCGAGCGGGGCGCUCGGGCGCCCGCAAGCUGCCGGGAGGCGCUCACCACUCAGAAGCUCUGGCCUCAGCUUCCCGGAGCUCCGACGCAGCCAGAGGCAGAGCUGGGUUGCAGCAGCCGCCGCCGCCACCUGGAGGACCCAGCAAAAGUUUGGAUCUGGGGGAGGGCGCUGCGCUGAGCGGGAUUACCAGCAGGGCUGAAGGGAGACCUGGAAAACCUUAGCAGGUUGCAGACUCUGUUUAACCGAGAAAUUCCUAGGCUGCUCUACACUGGCCCGACUUAUUGUAGAAGAAGCAAGCAUUGCCUGCCUGGCUGGACUUCUGUUGACAGUACUUAUCACGUGGCGUCACUCUUUGCUCAUGCGGCAAAUUCCCCCUGUUGAGUGGUUUCGCACAUGGAGGACCACUGCGUGAGGGCAACCUAGGCAGAUCAGACUAAACACUCAGAAGGAUUGUUUUACCCUCUGCCCUCAGGUCAUUUCCUCUCAACAGAAGUUCUAGACUUUUGACAGAACAAGAUCCAGUCAUUUUGCGUUUGUUUUCUGUUUUCACUGUUAUUUGUUGUUGCUUUUGAUUUUAUUUUCUCCCUUCAUCACAUUGUAUUUUAUUUCUGUCCUUCAGCAAUGGGCCUGCAGACUACAAAGUGGCCCAGCCACAGGGCUUUUUUACUAAAGUUUUGGCUUAUGAUUUCCCUGGGGCUCUACUCACAAGUGUCAAAUCUCCUGGCCUGCCCUAGUGUAUGCCGCUGUGACAGGAACUUUGUCUACUGUAAUGAGCGAAGCUUGACCUCAGUGCCUCUUGGGAUCCCGGAGGGCGUAACCGUACUCUACCUCCACAACAACCAAAUUAAUAAUGCUGGAUUUCCUGCAGAGCUGCACAAUGUACAGUCAGUGCACACGGUCUACCUUUAUGGCAACCAACUGGAUGAAUUCCCCAUGAACCUUCCCAAGAACGUCAGAGUCCUCCACUUGCAGGAAAACAACAUUCAGACCAUCUCGCGGGCUGCUCUCGCCCAGCUUCUGAAGCUGGAAGAACUCCACCUAGAUGACAACUCCAUAUCUACAGUGGGCGUCGAGGACGGAGCUUUCCGAGAGGCCAUUAGCCUCAAACUGUUGUUUUUAUCAAAGAAUCACCUGAGCAGCGUGCCUGUUGGGCUUCCUGUGGACUUGCAAGAGCUGAGAGUAGAUGAGAACCGAAUUGCCGUCAUAUCAGACAUGGCCUUUCAGAACCUCACAAGCUUGGAGCGUCUGAUUGUGGAUGGGAAUCUCCUGACCAACAAGGGCAUUGCUGAGGGCACCUUCAGCCAUCUCACCAAGCUCAAGGAAUUUUCCAUAGUCCGGAACUCGCUCUCCCACCCACCUCCUGACCUCCCAGGUACGCAUCUGAUUAGACUCUACUUGCAAGAUAACCAGAUAAACCACAUCCCAUUGACAGCCUUCUCAAACCUCCGUAAGCUGGAACGGCUAGAUAUAUCUAACAAUCAGCUACGAAUGUUAACUCGAGGGGUCUUUGAUCACCUCUCCAACCUGAAACAGCUCACUGCUCGGAAUAACCCUUGGUUUUGUGACUGCAGUAUUAAAUGGGUCACAGAAUGGCUCAAAUAUAUCCCUUCUUCUCUUAAUGUGCGUGGUUUCAUGUGCCAAGGUCCUGAGCAAGUCCGGGGGAUGGCUGUCAGGGAGCUGAAUAUGAAUCUUUUGUCUUGUCCCACCACAACCCCUGGCCUACCUAUCCUGACUCCGGCUCCCAGUACAGUUGCUCCAACAACUCCGUCUCCUACGCUCUCUGUCCCAAGUCCCAGCAGAGGCUCUGCGCCUCCAGCUCCUACCCCAUCGAAACUUCCCACCAUCCCUGACUGGGAUGGCAGAGAAAGAGUGACCCCACCUAUUUCUGAAAGGAUCCAACUUUCCAUCCACUUUGUUAACGAUACUUCAAUGCAAGUCAGCUGGCUGUCUCUCUUUACUGUCACGGCAUACAAACUGACGUGGGUGAAAAUGGGCCACAGUCUUGUAGGGGGCAUUGUUCAGGAACGGAUUGUCAGUGGUGAGAAGCAGCACCUGAGUUUGGUUAACUUGGAGCCCAGAUCCACCUACCGGAUCUGUUUAGUGCCGCUGGAUGCGUUCAACUACCGCACUGUGGAAGAUACCAUCUGUUCGGAGGCUACUACGCAUGCCUCCUAUUUGAACAACGGCAGCAACACUGCUUCUAGCCACGAGCAGACAACUUCCCACAGCAUGGGCUCCCCCUUUCUGCUGGCGGGCCUCAUCGGGGGCGCAGUGAUUUUUGUGCUCGUGGUUUUGCUCAGCGUGUUUUGCUGGCACAUGCACAAAAAGGGACGCUACACCUCCCAGAAGUGGAAAUACAACCGGGGCCGACGGAAAGAUGACUAUUGCGAGGCAGGCACCAAAAAGGACAACUCCAUCCUGGAGAUGACGGAAACCAGUUUUCAGAUUGUCUCCUUAAAUAACGACCAGCUCCUUAAAGGAGAUUUCAGACUGCAGCCCAUUUAUACCCCAAAUGGGGGCAUUAAUUACACAGACUGCCACAUCCCCAACAACAUGCGAUACUGCAACAGCAGUGUGCCAGAUCUGGAGCAUUGCCAUACGUAACAGCCAGAGGUCCAACGUGAGAAAGGUGGACAACCAAACUCUCAAGAACACACAUGUGUGUGCACAUAAAGACACGCAAAUUACAUUUGAUAAAUGUUACCCAGAUGCAUUUGUGCAUUUGAAUACUCUGUAAUUUAUACGGUGUACUAUAUAAUGGGAUUUAAAAAAAAGUGCUAUCUUUUCUAUUUCAAGUUAAUUACAAACAGUUUUGUAACUCUUUGCUUUUUAAAAUUUAAAAAAAAAAAUGUUGCUGAAGUACUGUACUGGGUUGUACAAUGAGGACCCAAUGCCAAGGCAGAAGAAUGAGUGAUUCAUACUUAAGAUGCAUAUUAACCACUUUGCUGUUGAAGCUGUAGAGCUGAUAGUCAUAUGAAAGGAUAGAUUCAGAUGGGCUAAUCAGGGUAAGAGGAAUAGUUUGAGUAAAGAAAGAAUGGCCUAGUUAUUUCUAUGUUUUCUAUACCUCCUGGCCUGGAAGAAACGCUGUUUGAAAAAUCCAUAAUAUAAUAAUAGAGGUAGUUAUUCCAAUUUGACCCAGUACAAGAAAAAGAACAUCACAAGGAAGCCAGUUCCCAUGAGAUAAGUUAGGCCUACUUGACCAAAUCAAAGAAAGUGAGAGAUUUGAAAUGUCCUUAAAACCCCAGGGUUGGCUUUCUGACUGUGAACUUCAAAAUCACUCUUCAUGCUUCCCUGGCCUUAUGUGAUAACAGAGUUGGAAACCUGAGUCUGAUUCUAGUCAUCUUCAGGGACCAAUAUGAUCAGUUCUAGCAAGAAAAUUCCCCUCAAAACUGUCACUAUUCAAAUCACAUGUCAGGUUGAAUCAUAUCCAACAGAGUUAUAUUCUAGAAUAAUUUUUUAGAAGAGGCUAAUAAAAAUAAUGGGAAGAAUUAUAUUGAAUGGAAUUAUUUUUGAUAAUGAAAAUUAUUUGGGUAGAUUCACUAAGGCUAUAUCAACAUGGUAUUUAGACCAACAAAGAACAGUGUUUGGAAUAUAUUACAGUAAUGUGUUUAUUUAAAGAGUAUUAAUACCACUUAGAAGAAAAACCAAUGAUUCUCUUACACUGUGUCUGCUGACUUUGCUAGUAUCAUGUUGAAAUAGCUUGAAUUAAUACCUAUAUCCCCUCUCAAAUUGUUGUCUUCCAAUCAUCUUGCAUAUAUAUUUUUUGUGAUUAAGUUGUAUAUGCCACCUUUGUUUUCUCCCUCUGCUUGGUAUUUCAAAGAAAAUUAUGGACACAAAUCUUGGUUGUACAAAAUAUCCCCGUGUAUUUUCUACAUAUUAAAACCCAUAUUGACAUUCAUUGCCAAUGGUUCUGUGAAGACACCAAAACUGGCCAAAACAAUGCGUAUUGUUAAAAAGCAAUACUGUGUUUCCAUUUUGAAUUAACUUUGGUCCUCUUCCACUAAAUUCCAUUUGUUCCUUUUAGAUUGUGGAUAUCCCUCUAAUUUUGUACUCAUAGGGUGAUAAUUAAUCUUAUGCUAAAAGACGACCAGUGAAAAAUGAGUAAGCCAGAGAAAGCAAGGUUUCCCUAGUCAUGGCAGAGGAGGGCCAAAAGCAGAGGGUAUAGGAACGAGAGGGAUGUCCAUUAUUGAUGCUAGAUAUUUUUUGAAGCAAGUCCAUUUUCAUAAAAGAUACAUAAUUUACUCUAAUUCUUGUCAUCCCUUAGGUGUAGAAGGGCUAUAGACCACAUACAUUGUCUAAAGAAAUUUACCCUUGGGGAAUUCUUUUCAAAGCCACAUUUAGGCAUUUCAUUCUGUGUUCCUUUACAACCAUCUAUCACUUUAGGGACUCAUGAAAUAAAUGUCACACUCUUCUUGCUUUCUCUUCAUCUCUAAGCAAAAUAAAACUGUGAUGUGUCUUCUUGUAAAAGUUUAGGUAUAAAAUGCUAUGCAAGCUUUUCUUUAUAGCGAGAGCUUUAUUUUCUUUAAUAAUAUACCCUGACUUAUAUGUUUUAAUCUCCUUCAUCCCUCAGAAUAAGCAGAAAAUAUAACUGCAGCGAUAAUGUUGUAGACACAAGCAUUGAAACUGUGCAGUCAGUAGAGCUGAACAUAGUUAUGAAUUAAUUUAAUUAAUUCUAAAGUGACUCGGGUUUCCUCUUUAGUCUAUUAGCUAGAGGGUGUGGGCUGUUGGUUUCUGUAAAAGUAGGUUCACACAGUGAAGGAAUAAGACCAUCUGGAAUGGUGAUCAGUGUAGCGUUACAUCAUCUAAAAUCAGGACAGUGACAUGGGGCUCUGUGUAUUAGCUGACUGUUUCCUUUUCACUGUCCUCUUGCAUCUCACUGUAGGUAAAACUGUGUGCUGAAAAAUAUAAUGGUACUUUAAUUUUUGAGGAUUUUUAUUUUGUUAUAAACAAGAUAAUUAUUCUUGUCUGUUUGUAUUGUAUGUUUAACUCCCAGUGGGAUUUGGGACUGUGGAAAUGUCAUUUCUUUGUCCCAGGAGGAAGAGCAGAGAGGUUCCCACAAUAUUGUAUGGCAUCCACAACACUAUUGAGAGUUGAAGUGGUACUGUAGAGGCCCAGUCAUGUAAAAUGGUAAAGACACUUUCAAACUUGCUCUGAUAGAAGAUGAUUCUGGACAAAAAAAUCUUUAUUUUGAUCUUAUGAGCAGCAUGACAAAGACAUCUACCGUGAAAAUCAGACUACCAUCUGUAGUAGUGUGCUUGAGGGACUCGUACAUCAGAGUUGAAAUCACAUCAUAUAAUCUGUACUGUCUUAUGAAACUUUAAAGAACAGAUGAGCAGCAGUCCUUACUGGAUGACAUUUUGGCUGGCAUUUUUAAUCAGGAGACUAUCCUGCAGUUAUAUCUCCUCUGUGUUUGGUCCUCUCUCAGCCUCAUUAUUUAUUUUGAGGUGAUUAGUUAAGAGUCAAAGUUUAGUUGAUCUCAGAUAGUGUCACCCCCUGUCAGUACAAUACCUGUACCUACACAGAGGACAUUGCAAAAAGAAAAAGAAAAGCAUGGUCACAGAGAUGUAUCAAUAGUUAAACAGAAGAUAGUCACCAAUACCUCCUUGCUUGUAGAGUUGCAUAUGACACUAGGGAGACAAUGGGAUUUUACUUAAACACUGUAACAUGCCUUAGCUAGGCUGUAUAACACUUGGAACCAUCAAAGACAGACAUGAGAAGGGUGUUCCCUGUUUAUUUAUGAUAUAAGUGGAAAAAUCAUCUCUUGUGAGAAAUAAUGCUAUUUCUAAUUUUCCAGAUAUUCAUCGAUAUAAUAUUAGAUAUUUUCUCUCAAGAUAAAACCAAAAUUAUAAUGUGAUCUUUUGGAAAAAUGUAUUAAUGGCGUAGCUAAUAUUACACCUCUGUUUCUUAAUAAUGGAGGUCAUAAUGAUCUUAGUUAUGUUGCACAGCCAGACCUUCCUUCUCCCCUGGAGAAAACGUAGCUCUUCACAUGAGGAGAGCAUCCAUUCCAAAUACAAGGCACCAUUGUUUUCUUCAGAGGCAGGUGCCACACUGGAUCAGCAAACUUCAGCUGCAGCAUCCUCUGCAGCUUUUGACAGUGAAGUGGUUAAUUUUCAUUGAUGUCUUUGUUUACAGCGUUUAUCUCUGACCUAUCCAAAGGGGACAUUAGAUGUUGCUUUAGAACUUGAGGAUAACACAUAAACUCCUACUUGCUUUUCCAACUGAAUGGGGAAGCAAAAUAGAAGAGUGCCCAACAGCAAAAUGAUACACACACAAAAUAACAACUCUCAAUUCUUAAUCUUGUCCAACUUAGCUUCUUCUUUUUUAAGUUAAAAUGAGUAAUGAUGGGAAGCUGUAUCUACACCCUUCUCCAGUUUCAUCAGCAGGAUUGAAGCAAUUGUUGGCAGCGGGGAUGCUUUUCACUGAUUGUGGGUAAAACAUUUUGUACACAGUAUGAUACUGUUUUAGCAAACCAGGUUGUUUUGUUAUAGUAUUUGGUUUUCUAGCUGCACAUCCACCAGAAGAGCACAAACCAAGGCCAUUGCAACAGGCAUUUUUAAAUUAAUAUAACAUGCAAUUCCAUGCAUACAUAUACAUGGGCUGUUUGUAAAGGUGUCUGUGGGAUGUGAGAUUUGUAACCAGUUAUGGCAAAAUGAGGCAUCACUGCUGUAUGCCCUCAUGAGAUAAUAUUUACUGAACGUUAACUUUGAUGAUCUGUUACUGUUUGAAUCCUUUGUUGACUUGAUUCUGGUUUGUGUUUAGUGUGUUUCUCUGACAAGGGACUGCAAGGGGCUGGAAGAUUCUGUGUCAUGCAUCCUCUGAGACCUACCAUGUUGCACACUUUGUUAACUACAAACUUCACUCUACACUAUACAGUACCUUGUUGAUAUAUUCAGUAAAGGCUUAUUUUAAAAGAAAACCCAUUGUGUUUAUCUGAGUAAAUUCACUGGAAUGUAACCAGUACUUUUGCUAUAAUGCAAAUGAAAAAAAAAAAAGAGAAAUUCUUCUUAUACAACAAAGAUGGCAAAAAUUGAAGCAGGCUGUAAAGUGUCCAUACCCUCCUACUGUAAAAGCAACAUCUAUUUUUAAAGACAGUGGUCUUUUUGUGUAAGAGGAUAAUGUGGUAGUCUAAUGUUCCUUCCUUUUUCCUCACUGAAAUGUUUUCAGAAAAUGAUCUUAUAAACACACCACCACAGGAAGAACAGCAUUCUGUGUUUGAGCAACACAAGCAGACACAUGUAACUAAUGUGUCUUUAAUCACAAUCACAGAAGUCUUUCUCUUUCACAAUAUAUACUAUUGAUUUUUGAAUGUUACCUUUGAGAAUUCUUGUCCCUUUUACUUAAGUAUUGCUUACUGUUUGUCUGUACUUUUAGAUGGAUACUCAAGGUGGUGCAUCUACUCAUAUAACUCAGAUUUGAUUCUUGAUUAGUCUUAAAGGAUUUUUCAGAACCACGAUCUCUAACACUUGACCAUUUCACCACUGAUGUAUUUGACAUCAGCUGAAUGAAUUGGGAAAUAAAAUGAUGACCUUUCAGUUAACUAGCAUUAGUAAUUAUAGGACUUCAACUGGACAGUAAACUGUGAAACCCAGGGUUAGAAGGAAAUUCAUAUUACUACAUUGAGAAGCCUUUACAUACAGUAAUGUGAUUGCUAAUCUUCCCCCUUUUUUGGAAACGUUGUGGAGUUUGCUGUAACUAGGCUCUCAACCAAUAAGAAUCAUUCAUUUAGUAGAAUUUAUUAAGAUCUUCAUUCACUUUCUGGGCUCUAGGGUGACUUUGGAGACUUUAGAAGAAUGCAAUGAAAUCUUAGACAAACCACCUGCACUUUCUAGCCCACUGGAAAUCUGUGUACUCAAUGUAUUUGCUACUAACCUACUUUUUACAAGAGUAUGUUACAUUUUACUCUGUUAACUCAUAAAAGAAUGAUCUUGCUAUUUAGGAACUAAAAGAUACCUUCCUAAAUACUUUUUCUAAGACAUUCUAAUGUAUUCUACACUAUUUCCCUAUAGUAACAGUAUACCCACACUAAUAAAAGAGUACAUCUACCAGUGAGGAAGUGA